UGUGACUCACCGGACCGGAGCCACAAAUAUAGGCCCUCCGCUUCAGCGAGCCACCCUCCAAGCUUCACCACUACUCCUCCCCCCCUCCGAAGCUUCAAGCCCCUCGCCCCGUCGCUCCUCCUCCUCGAUUCGGCUCCGUCCCCGAGUACCUGUAGGAAAUGGCUGACGGCGAGGAUAUCCAGCCUCUUGUCUGUGACAAUGGAACUGGAAUGGUCAAGGCUGGGUUUGCCGGUGAUGAUGCACCCAGGGCUGUUUUCCCUAGCAUUGUUGGUCGUCCUCGCCACACUGGUGUGAUGGUAGGGAUGGGGCAGAAGGAUGCAUACGUUGGGGAUGAGGCACAGUCCAAGAGAGGUAUUCUCACGUUGAAGUACCCAAUCGAGCAUGGUAUUGUGAGCAACUGGGAUGACAUGGAGAAGAUCUGGCAUCACACUUUCUACAAUGAGCUCCGUGUUGCACCUGAGGAGCACCCAGUGUUGCUCACUGAAGCUCCUUUGAACCCCAAAGCUAACAGGGAGAAGAUGACACAGAUUAUGUUUGAGACCUUCAACGUACCUGCCAUGUAUGUUGCCAUUCAAGCCGUGCUUUCACUCUAUGCUAGUGGCCGUACAACAGGUAUCGUUCUUGACUCUGGUGAUGGUGUGAGCCACACUGUGCCCAUUUACGAGGGAUAUGCGCUUCCUCACGCUAUCCUCCGUCUGGAUCUUGCUGGCCGUGAUCUCACGGAUUCUCUCAUGAAGAUCCUCACUGAGAGAGGUUACUCUUUCACCACCUCUGCUGAGCGGGAAAUUGUGAGGGACAUCAAGGAGAAGCUUGCAUACGUGGCACUUGAUUACGAGCAGGAGCUGGAGACUGCCAAGAACAGCUCCUCGGUUGAGAAGAGCUAUGAGCUGCCUGAUGGCCAGGUGAUUACCAUCGGCGCGGAGAGGUUUAGGUGCCCUGAGGUCCUCUUCCAGCCAUCCAUGAUUGGCAUGGAAUCCCCUGGAAUCCACGAGACUACCUACAACUCCAUCAUGAAGUGUGAUGUGGAUAUCAGGAAGGACCUGUACGGCAACAUCGUGCUCAGUGGAGGCUCAACAAUGUUCCCGGGCAUUGCUGACCGUAUGAGCAAGGAGAUCACCGCCCUUGCUCCGAGCAGCAUGAAGAUCAAGGUGGUUGCUCCACCUGAGCGCAAGUACAGUGUCUGGAUUGGAGGGUCUAUCCUAGCUUCUCUCAGCACCUUCCAACAGAUGUGGAUAUCAAAGGACGAGUACGACGAAUCCGGCCCAGCAAUCGUCCACAGGAAGUGCUUCUGAGUUCUGCUGCCCUUUUCGUGUAGUCUCCUAUGUGUGGGUUUUUUCAUGGGGGGGAGAGAGAUUGCAAGGUUAUGUUUGUGUUCUGCAGACGGUCCUUAUUCUGGCCACUUGUAUCUGUGGUUGCCCCAGUUACCUUUGUUCUGUACUAUUUCGUUGCUCUGUGACUGAGAGGUCACUUUGUGGAACUUGUGGUUGGCUUGAUCGGUUGUAACUGUUAUAGCUGAUAGUUCUAUAAGUUGUUUUGUGGGUAGAGAAUUAUGCGGAUUUUUUUUUAAAAAAAGUUAUUUUGUGUGCC